AUGUCUCGAGACACGAAGGCCGGCUCGCUGACUAUUCUGUUGCUGUUUGUAAUUCUGGUAAUUUCGAUAUCAAACUAUUUCACUGUCAGCAAGAUUGAAUACCACGUCAUCUCAUCAAUCGAUAUAGAUUCCUCCAACAUCAUCAGUUUCUUCCAAUCAGAAUCCAUCAAAGAACUACGGAAGACUGCACUACUAAAUGCUGAAAAUGACAGGAAACUAGUGUCCGAUGCUUCGAAAAGAGGCAAUAACCAAGAAUUCUACAAAACCGUCAAAGUAGAAGCACAUUGUUCACAAAAAGAGCGGAUUGGUGAGAAGGGAGACGGAGGGAAAUAUGUUUGUAAUCCGAAGAAAGUGAAGAGAGAUUGCACAAGAGGCAACAGCUCCAACGACAACAUCUGGGAAGACUUCUCUCAUCCAAGCGGACAAAGCUCCAGAAUAAGAUCCACCGAAUGUGAUCCAUGGGUUGGAAGUUCCAGUUCUGUAGUUGAUUUCUCUGAUGAAUUCGGCAAGAUCGUAGAGCAUCUGGAGAGAGCUGAGAAGUUGGAAGUGGAUAUGUGGCAUCUUUGUUGUAAUCCGGUUCUGGAAGGAAUCCGUGUGGUGGUCUUCCGAAGAGCAUCUUCUUGUAUUUUGGUUGUGGGAAUGUCUUCUUCGAUGGAACGUCAUCUCCGAGUUUAG